CUCCUGUACUUGCUGGCAGGUCAUGUUUUAGGAGCUAUAUGGUAUCUGAUGGCUAUCGAGAGGCACUUUUCAUGCUGGAAGGAUGAGUGCGAAAAGCAGCAGGAGGGUGCUCCAGCUUGUUAUAAAGACUACCUUGAUUGCUCAUCACUUGGUAAACCUGGGCGUCAGGAGUGGUCGGAAACCACUGAGGUGUUCAAGAAUUGCGAUGCUAAUGCCGAUAUAAGCUUUGAGUUUGGAAUGUUUGGUGAUGCAAAUACUGAAGAAGUUACAUCUGCUGGCAUCUUUGAUCGAUAUUUUUACUGCCUAUGGUGGGGUUUAAAGAGCCUAAGUUCAUACGGACAAAGUAUAACUACAAGCAUAAACAUUGUUGAGACGCUCUUUUCCAGUCUUAUUUGUCUUCUGGGUUUGGUCUUCUUUGCACUGCUGAUAGGCAACAUGCAGAGCUAUCUACAAUCCAUGACAGCAAGACUUGAACAAUGGAGAGUUAAAAGAAGGGACACAGAAGAGUGGAUGAGGCACCGUCAACUGCCUGAAGAUCUGCAAGAUCGUGUUCGUCGGUUUGUUCAGUAUAAAUGGGUAGCUACAAGAGGUGUAGAGGAAGAAGAAAUAUUGCGUUCCUUACCCUUGGAUCUAAGGCGCCAGAUUCAGAGGCACCUCUGCCUGGCUCUUGUUCGUCGUGUCCCUUUCUUCUCCCAGAUGGAUGAUCAGCUGUUAGAUGCAAUAUGCGAAUGCCUUGUUUCAUCAUUGAACACGAAAGACACGUAUAUUGUUCGGGAAGGAGAUCCGGUGAAUGAGAUGCUUUUCAUAAUUAGAGGUGAACUUGAGAGUUCAACAACUAAUGGAGGAAGGUCAGGCUUCUUCAACUCCAUUACGUUAAAGCAGGGUGAUUUUUGUGGAGAAGAGUUGCUAACAUGGGCCUUAGUGCCUAAUCCAAAUGUUAAUCUUCCAAUUUCAACUCGAACAGUGAAAUGCCUUAAAGAAGUUGAAGCAUUUGCACUUAAAGCUGAAAAGCUCAAGUUUGUUGCAAACCAGUUCAGACGCCUCCAUAGUAAGAAAUUACAGCAUGCAUUCCGGUUCUACUCACACCAAUGGAGGACAUGGGGAGCUUGCUACAUACAAGCUGCAUGGAGACGCUAUCGGAGGAAAAAACUAGCGGAGGAAUUGUCAAGAGAAGAAAGCCUGUACUUCUCACGAGGGAUGGACCAAGAUGAUGAUUAUGGUCAUGAAUAUCCAGAAGCUGGUUAUGACGGUGGAAAUGCUUCGGAUCAUGCAACAGAAAGCAGUAUUCAGCAUCUUGGAGCUACAAUAUUGGCAUCAAGAUUUGCUGCUAACACCAGAAGAGGCAAGGUGGCACGGGUGGACCCUGGUGAAUCCAGCUUACGUAUGCCUAAACUCUUUAAGCCUGACGAGCCUGAUUUUUCUGAUGAUCAAAGAUGAACGCCAUAGUCACUGAUGAAUCAGUUCUUGUUUUUGGAUCGAAGUUAGAGUUAGUCUUUGGGCUGCUUGUUGCCCUGUUACUUGUUCACAGGUCACCUUUUGAUGUUUCUUGUUAUCCAAAAGAAACCGUUACUACCAAUUGAUUCACUACUACAUAGUGGUUAACUACUUCACAAAUGUAAAUUAAUUGCUUGCUUUAAUCAUAAGGGCAUCGUAAGUGACACCCCUUGGUUUCA